UACACAAGGAGCACGAACUCAAAUGGGAAAAUUGACAGAACCUGCCCACCAACAGUAGCAAUCCAGGAAAGUACUUGGAGCGCUCCGUUUUCAGUUCAGACUUACAAUGGUCGAUAAAAUCGUUUGUCUUUUACAAAACCGUCUUACAGCCGUCAGACACAAAUGUCCCAAAAGGUGGACUCUCUUUACUAGUAGUUACCUCCCAGUGUACAAGGCUAGGGCACUCUAAAAGAUUCGUUAGCCGGUAGAGAAUUCUACGGGCUAAUUUUUCCGUUAACUCCAUUUUUCAAUAAUUUACUGAAAAGUUGAAUUAUUCUCGAAGUAAGUUUCGAGAACUUUUAAGAGACGUCAAUAAAUUUAUUGCUCUUUUACCCAUUGGACGUUUCUGGGACGAUCUCCUUUUUAGAAUCAUUCACAUUCACAACCGGUUUUUCUUAGAUUCGCUCCAAUCGGUUGAGCUUUUAUUCUUCAUAUUAAACGAUGGAAGCAUUGAUUCCUGUAAUUAAUAAACUGCAAGAUGUAUUUAAUACCGUUGGCUCUGAUGCCAUUCAACUCCCACAAAUUGUGGUACUGGGUACUCAGAGUUCAGGAAAAUCGUCUGUGAUUGAGAGUCUUGUAGGCCGUUCAUUCUUGCCUCGAGGAACUGGCAUAGUCACUAGAAGACCUUUAAUCCUACAGCUAGUGUAUACUCCAAAAGAUGAUCGAGAACAUAGAUCUGCUGAGGCAGGAACCUUGGACGUUGAAGAAUGGGGAACGUUUUUACAUACAAGGAAUAAAAUAUUUUCAAAUUUUGAUGAUAUCCGAAGGGAGAUUGAAGCAGAGACCGAUCGCAUGGCUGGAUCCAAUAAAGGAAUUUGUCCAGAGCCAAUAAAUUUGAAGAUAUACUCAGCAAGUGUUGUCAAUUUAACACUCAUUGAUUUACCUGGCAUUACCAAAGUACCUGUUGGUGAUCAACCUGAAGAUAUUGAAAAUCAGAUUCGACAACUAGUGCUCAAAUACAUAUGCAAUCCCAAUUCGAUUAUAUUGGCUGUCGUUACAGCCAAUACUGAUAUGGCUACUAGCGAAAGCUUGAAACUCAGCAAGGAUGUAGAUCCAGAUGGAAGGCGUACUCUUGCCGUCGUCACUAAAAUGGAUCUCAUGGAUGCUGGAACGGAUGCGAUCGACAUUCUAUGCGGCCGCGUGAUACCAGUUAAGCUGGGUAUUAUUGGAGUGGUCAACCGUUCCCAGCAAGAUAUCAUGAACAAUAAAACAAUUCAGGAUGCGUUAAAAGACGAGGCUACGUUUCUGCAACGAAAGUAUCCGACUUUAGCGAAUAGAAAUGGCACGCCGUACCUUGCCAAAACGCUCAAUAGAUUAUUGAUGCAUCACAUUCGGGACUGCCUUCCCGAACUCAAGACUCGAGUGAACGUCAUGGUUUCCCAAUACCAAUCGCUCUUAAAUUCCUACGGCGAGGAUGUAGGAGAUAAAAGUCAAACAUUAUUGCAAAUCGUAACCAAAUUUGCUAGCAGUUACUGUUCGACCAUUGAAGGAACAGCGAGAAACAUUGGAACUACUGAAUUGUGUGGUGGUGCUCGAAUCUGUUACAUUUUCCACGAAGCAUUCGGUAGAACUUUGGACGCCAUUCAUCCUCUUGCUGGUCUAACGAAAAUGGAUAUAUUAACUGCCAUUCGAAAUGCCACUGGACCGAGGCCUGCUCUUUUUGUACCUGAGGUAUCCUUUGAGCUGCUGGUGAAACGUCAAAUCCGAAGGCUGGAGGAACCCUCAUUACGGUGUGUUGAAUUAGUGCACGAAGAGAUGCAAAGAAUUAUUCAGCACUGCGGUACAGAAGUGCAGCAGGAGAUGUUACGUUUUCCUAAAUUGCACGAGCGCAUCGUUGACGUCGUAAUGCAAUUACUGCGUAGACGUCUUCCAACCACUAACCAAAUGGUAGAAAAUCUAGUCGCAAUUGAAUUAGCUUAUAUUAAUACUAAGCACCCGGAUUUUCAUAAAGAUGCGGCUCUUGCAUCAUCUCUCCUCAAAAAUGCAGAGGCCGAUCAGAUUAGAUCAAGCCGAAGAAAUAUGUCUUCGUCCUCAAACUCUUCGGCCAGCAGCUUCAUCCCAAUUGAACAAAGUGCAAAACAAACAAACAGUCGCGAAGAACUGGCGUGUUUUCCUGAUCAGAAUAAGGAACAGCAACAGCCAGCACAGAAUCACUGGUUGCUGAGUAACUUAUUACCACAAGGAAGAACGGAAUCAACGAGUUCCAUGGAUGGUUCCCCCGUUAGGAAUAGAGAAGAGAGUUCAUCCCCUCAUCCGAAUCAAGCUUCGAAUCCAUCCAUCGAAAUCCAAAAAGCAUCGCCCCAGCAGAAGCCAGUGAACUUACUCUCUGAAGUGCCUAUUCAGACAUCCCGUAAGCUCAGUGAACGCGAGCAAUGCGAUUGUGACGUUAUUGAACGACUUAUCAAAUCGUACUUCUAUAUCGUACGAAAAUCCAUUCAAGACAGCGUACCCAAGGCAGUAAUGCACUUCCUGGUGAAUUUCGUGAAGGACAACUUGCAGAGUGAACUCGUUACGCACCUGUACAAGUCCGAUCACGCGGAAACUUUACUUAAUGAAAGUGAACACAUUGCUGUAAGGCGUAAAGAAGCAGGAGAUAUGCUAAAGGCGCUGACACACGCGGGUCACAUUAUCAGCGAAAUCCGCGAAACGCAUAUGUGGUGAUUAGUGACUGGUAGGUAAACGCUAUACACGACCAGAAAGGCUAGUUAUAAAUAGGUAUUAUUUACAUAUUAAUUUGGAUAAGUUAAAGGACUCGUGCUAUCUGUAUGUCGGACCAGUGUACAUAAUUCUUACUCUACGAAAAUACGAUAGGAUAGCGAGCACCCCAAACAUUCUUUACAAAAAUUUACCAUGCAAAUCACAUCCGAACAAGUUGUGUGACUCACGACUAACGAUGGGCCGGGUAUAUGCACACGUCUAUAUGAAGUUGCCUUAACAAAUCUAAAGGUAAAAUUGAGAAAAUCCUCAAGUGAAAUACACAAACCACGUGUUGAUUUUAAACCAAAGAAAUAAUUGCUCGUAGGGAUAACAAUGUCGAGUAUAGAAAGUAUCAAAUACAUCAUUCGUAUCUGACUGUAUCGAAUCGUCGUAUCGGCAACGGUAUUAUUAACUAUCUCGAUGUCCGAUCAUUACAAAUAACAUGAGAGUCUUCUGAACAACGCACUGGACAAGUACAGUUCAGAAUAUUCUGUGCGCUGAACAAGAAGACGAAAGAAUCGUGCACGUAACGUACGAGCCACAAGUAUAUCGGUCAAUCGUUAUGGCCGUUAUUGUUCAUUAUGUUUAAUUUAUACACAUAACGCGUACAUGAAGUCAUUGGAUAUCGGAAUGUGCGAUUAUAAUGUAAGCGCAAGAAAAAUAAACGUAUGACUCUUCGUUUACCGAUGUCUGAAGCUUAUGCUUUUACGAAUACAUAUUGAUAUAACGUUGCCGAAAGUUGCACUGUGUGCGAAACUUCGAACAUGACGGAAAAAGUAGAAUGUUAUUAGUGUGUCCCUUCCCUUUUUUUCAUUUUUUAUCUUGUACUGCAUAUUUCUUAAAAACGUUAAACGUAGAUCGUUACCUAAAGUAUCGAGUUCUUGAGACGCCCUGUAUUUCGCGUGAGACUUUCGUGUAGUUACACCGUUAGAAGCAUGCACUCACUCAUGGACACAAUUUUAUUAAAAAUUUGUACGAGCGAUGUCACGACGUUUGUAAGUCUUAUUAGGGCGCUUUCUUUGCAUUGAGACGUUUUUGUGACCGAAUAAGUUGUUUUUUUUUUUAUCCAAACAGCUUUAGGAAAGUUUAGCAAAUUUCAAGUAAGACGUGUGUUAAUAAAGUGUCAACCGUAAA